AUGUCGGCUCCGGCUCCUGCUGGUGGCGGUGGGGAGCGCGGGCGUGGGGGCUUCGGCCGUGGGUUCGGUGGUCGCGGACGCGGUGGGCGCCGCGGACGGAGGGAUGACGCGGAGGACAAGUGGGUGCCCACGACCAAGCUGGGCCGUCUGGUGCAGCAGGGCAAGAUCUCUUCCCUGGAGCAGAUCUACCUCCACUCGAUCCCCAUCAAGGAGUACCAGAUCGUGGAGAACCUCUGCGGCCCGGCGCUCAAGGACGAGGUCAUGAAGAUCAUGCCGGUGCAGAAGCAGACGCGCGCCGGCCAGCGCACGCGUUUCAAGGCCUUCGUCAUCGUCGGCGACCACGAGGGGCACCUCGGCCUCGGCGUCAAGUGCGCCAAGGAGGUCGCCACGGCCAUCCGCGGCGCCAUCAACCUCGCCAAGAUGAACGUUGUGCCCGUCCGGCGCGGCUUCUGGGGCUCCAACAUCGGCAAGCCCCACACCGUGCCCAUGAAGGUCUCCGGCAAGUGCGGCUCCGUGACGAUGCGGCUCAUCCCCGCCCCGCGCGGCGCCGGCAUCGUCGCGGCCCGCACGCCCAAGAAGGUGCUGCAGAUGGCGGGCAUCGAGGACUGCUACACGUGCUCGCGGGGCCACACGGCCACGCUCGGGAACUUCGUGAAGGCGACGUACACGGCCCUGCAGCACACGUACGGCUUCCUGACGCCCGACCUGUGGCGCGAGACGCGCUACGUCAAGGGGCCGUUCCAGGAGUUUACGGACGAGCUGUCGAGCGCCAAGGCGAUCAAGGUGGAGGCCUAG